AUCUUUCCAUAGGCAGGUAAAGACUAUUCUUUUGAAGAUGGGUUUCUUAUAAAGGGCGAUUAGUGAUAGGAACAACAGAGAGGUUCAAGAUUGGGAAAGGAGUAUGGCAGGGCUGCAUACUUUCACCCUCCCUAUUAAACUUGUACGCAGAACACAUCAUGUGACAUGCGGGGCUUGACAAAUCCAAAGCUGGAGUUAAAAUUGCUGGAAGUAACAUUAACAACCUUAGGUAUGCAGAUGAUACCACUCUGAUGGCUGAAAGUGAAGAGGAGCUGAGGAGCCUUAUCACCAAGGUGAAAGACGAAAGGGCAAAAGCUAGGUUGCAGUUAAACAUCAAGAAAACCAGGAUUAUGGCAACCAGACUGAUUGAUAACUGGCAAGUAGAGGGAGAAAACGUGGAGGAGGUAGUGACAGACUUUAUAUUUCUAGGCGUGAAGAUAACUGCAGAUGCAGACUGCAGCCAGGAAAUCAGAAGACGUCUACCUUUUGGGAGGAGAGCAAUGGCCAAUCUUGACAAAAUAGUGAAGAGCAGAGACAUCACACUGGCAACGAAGGUCCGCAUAGUGAAAGCAAUGGUAUUCCCCAUAGUAACUUAUGGAUGCGAGAGCUGGACCAUAAGGAAGGCUGAGCGAAGGAAGAUAAAUGCUUUUGAACUUUGGUGCAGGAGGAAAAUUCUGAGUGCCUUGGACCGAAAGAAGAUUCAACCAGUCCAUCCUCUAGGAAAUAAUGCCCGGCUGCUCACUGGAGGGAAGGAUAUUAGAGGCAAAGAUGAAGUAUUUUGGCCACAUCAUGAGAAGACAGGAAAGCUUGGAAAAGCAUGAUGCUGGGGAAAAUGGAAGGAAAAAGGAAGAGGGGGCAACCAAGGGCAAGAUGGAUGGACAGUAUCCUUGAAGUGACUAGCAUGACUUUGAAGGAGCUGGGGGUGGCCACGGCCGACAGGGAGCUCUGGUGUGGGCUGGUCCAUGAGGUCACGAAGAGUCGAAAACAACUGAGGGAAUGAAGAAGAAGUGAUAGGUCGCAUUAUCAAUGCUGUUUUUCUGUUUUUUAAUGGGCAUACUAUUAUUAUUGCGUUUAUUAUGUUUAUUGAUACCCUGCUUUAUCUCUCCCAAAGGAGACUCAAAGCGGCUUACAAUUAAAAGUAUGACCACAUAAUUUAAAUUAUACAAAUAUGCAAAUAUUAAAACAGAUUUAAACAUAACAGUAUUAAAAUUCAGUGAAAAUCCAUUAAAACAUAUUCAAAGCUAAAAAUCAUAACAUCCCCAACUUACUUUUGAUUUCUUUAAAUUCUACUGAAGAUUAAUCAUCCUUUUUUAAUGGACUUUUAUUUGUUCAUCGUCUUGGGAGCCCAUGUGGGCUGGGAAGUAAUACAGAAGUAAAAUCAAUCAAAAUACUUUCAUUUUGCAUGAUAUGUAUCUCAAGCCACCUGGAGUGCCAGAACUUGGAAUAUGGCAACUGAUUAUUUUAAUCACUUCACUAGUCUUUACUAAUAGUUAUCAUUGCAUUCCAUAGCACUUGGUUUAGCGAGUUGUCCUAAGAUCAUUUGUAAACUUUUCAAGAUUGGGAUGAAAAACUCAGACUGAUGUGCUAAAUAAGUGACGUUCCUUCCUUUUAAAAACUCCCCUCCAGUUGGUUUCAACAGUACUGCUAUUUUGCAGCAAUAGAAGCUCAUUCAGGAACUUGAGGCUGGCUCACAACUACAGACUUCUGCUGAUUUAAAAGAGAGGAGGAAAGGUAAUUUCUGGAGUGAAACCGAAAACCAGUCUACAAUAGAAGUUCUUCAAAAGGAAAUAUAAUCCCUUUCAGGAAAGAUGAAGUUAAUCACUGUGGGCAUCAUUGCUUUCUGCAUGCUGGUGUACAAACAAACAGAUGCCAGGCCAAUCCAUGAUGAAGAAGACCCCUACAGACAACCUCCAAGCAUGCCUUAUUGGCCUUUCAUGAGUAAUGAUUUCUGGGGAUAUGUGGAAUACUUCCGGGACCUGGGGGCAUACAACAGAAUCAAUGAGAUGGCCAGGACCUUCUUUGCUCAUCAUCCUAUUGGAAAUAUUCUUGGAUAUGAUGUCCCAUACAAAGAGCACUAGUUUGCUUGGUAACCUUUCAUUUGACCAUUGCCAAUACAGGCAGUCCCCAUGUUACAAACAAGAUAAGUUCUGUAGGUUUGCUUUUAAAUUGAAUUUGUAUAUAAGUCAUAACAGAUAUAUUUUUAAGAGUAACUUCAGCCAAAAACGUGUAUUUUAAAGCUUUGGAUAGCAUAGGGAAGAGUUAACAGCCCUGUGGUGUUUGUUUUGCUAUCUGUGCCCCUGUUCAGAAGAUUUCACCUCACUUUCUGUCCCUGUGAUAAUUGGAUUUUGAAAAAUAUGGCUUGUUGGGAAAUCAAGGUUUGGUGAUAAAGCAUCAGUGGAGACACCUUUUUCCCAUGAUAACUCUUUCAGGAGUGAAUUUCCUUUCCUGGGGUUGAUUUCUCUCACUUCCUGUUGUCUCACCCCUGUUCUUAACUAUGAGUCAUUUGUAAGUCAGAUGUUUGUAACUCGGGAACUGCCUGCAACCAGAAUUGUUAGCCUAAAUGUGCUAUUUUAAUACUUUUUUAAAAUAUAUAAAAUAUGUAAACCAGUUUUAAAAAUGCAAAUGAUGCAAGUGUGAAGUAUUUUUAGUACACAAUAUAUAUUUAGAAUAUACUAAUUAGCAAAAUGCGUAAAGAAUAUUUUGAUUCUGUAGAUUUUAGCAACUCAUACACAUUUGUUUUUUAAGUGAUUACUAAAAUGAUGCUUUAUGAGUGUGUCUUUUUCCUAAACUGUUUAAGUCAACCGUUUAAUAAAAGCAUUGGAAGUGGAA